AUGGCUCGAGGAGGUGGCUUUGCCCAAGAUGGCGAUGCGGGAGGUGCCAGUUCUUCCACCGACAAGACGGUGCCACUACGUCGCUCAGCUCGCAAUCUCCGAGCUAAUGGCAGCCAAACCUCCCGCGAGCCCGCGCCCGACGAACCUUCAACUUCUCGUACUUGCCCUCCCUCUCGCCGCCGUGCUCCAGCUUCCGAGCAUUCUACCUCCGCCACCGCUGGCCCAUCUUCAGCACCUAUUGCUAGUCCAUCUUCCGCUCCGCCUCAGACUCAGCAAACCACACCGCCGUCGGAUCCCAAGACUCCGAACAAGACUGGGAACGAUUCAGCGAAGACGAAGCCAUUUCCUUUCACUCCCGCUACGGGCACCCAGAUAGAAACUGCGUAUCACAUGGCCGACAAAAGGGAUAGGACGCGCAAAACGAUAUAUGAGGCGAAUAGGCAGCGUGCGGAAGGCUUGUGUGUAGUGACGCGAACUAUCGAAGAGUGGCUUGAACAUUGCCUCCCAAAGUCUACAUACUCAGAAGAGCGCUCGCCGGAAGCUCUGAAGGGCGUCUCUGUCAAGGUCUUUCAGGAGGUAUCAACGACUCGUAAUGAGACUCAGUUUCAUGAGGCUAUAGUCAAGAGUGGCGUCUUGAAGCGACUCUUAUCCAAGGAUACCCAUCUCAUCCGCGGCGAAGAUAUCAACGACCCAUCUCAGAAGUACUCUCCGGACUGGACCGCAUGCUCCUCCGAUGUAGACCUCGAGGUUCCUGGCCCCUUUCGUGCCCGAAUCAUCCUUCAAAAGUCUGAAGGCGACGGUGAACUGAAGGCCGAGGACGAAGAUCCGACCAAGGAUACGCCAAAGGGACGACAGUCGUUCGGACAACUCAUCACUUACGUGCACGUCACUUCAACCAACUCGCAUCGUACAUGGAAGUACAGCUUCACGCUCACGCCGAAGCACGGCUAUCUGUUUUUCUUCGACCGCGGUGCGAUCAUUCGCAGUGCCCCUUUCGAGUGGCGGGACACUGGGUACCUGCUCUCGUUCCUAUCUCGCUUCGACGCCAUGACACCCGCCGAGCGCGGCUGGGAUACCGCGGUGCAACUCAUUCCUCCAACGCACGACGACGCGCUGCGGGCCAAGGAGUUGCUAUCUAAACGUCGUAAAGCAUUGAGAUAUGCGCUCCCUCAAGGGAUAACGCACGCCACCGUCUUCCCAAGGGGACAGUAUGGAGAUCUAUCACGCUUUUACCUGUUCGAUUCCGAAACGCGUGUCAUUCACCGCGUUAUCGCUCAUCGCCCCUUCGAUUGCGACACGUCGAGUUACCUUGGUUCUGGAAUCCGCUGGUGGAUCGGCGUCGACCUGAGAUUGGAAAGAGUAGUCCUCUUCAAAAGCUACUGGCGGAUUGCGCUACCGACCGUACCCUCCGAAAGCGAUGUCUACCGCUCAUUUGACCGCUCCGUAGAGCACGCGCUUGAAUUUGGGUACGGAGGUGACGUACUGGUCGAUGGCGCAGCUCUGUGGGACCGAUAUCAUGAUAAACCGAUUCCCCUGGAGGUGGAACUCGCCUUUCAGUCUACGCGCACGCACGACCUCAUUACGAAACAUCAAGAAUGGGACCGCCCUAAGUCUGUUAUAGGGCGUAAGGACGGCGAAUCUGUCGAGGUGUUGCGCCGUACUCAUCAUGUCUCCGUGUUCUUCACGGUCGUGCGCAAGCUUCGUACUUUUCGCAAUCCUCGGGAACUCGUCCAGGUUUUACACGAUGCAACUGACGCACUCCAGAAAGCGCAUGAUAAGGGAAUCUUACAUCGCAAUCUCACGGCGUCUAGUAUCGGUAUCGACAACCAGGGCCGUGGUAGGGUGAUGAACUGGGAUUGGACGGACGUCGUCACGCGGAAUCUUUCAUCCGCUAGGACGAGGAGUCGACCGAUAUCUUUACAGUUCUCUUCUGCGGAACAACUCCAACAACCUUGGGAGCGACCUCACCUGCUCCGGGAUGACCUUGAGUCGAUCAUUCACUUACUGUGGUUCCACGCUCUACGGUAUCUUCCUCACGCGUAUACUCAGAAGAUGACGCGCAGUACCAUCCUCCAGGCUAUGCGACAUAUCUAUGAGUCGGCUGCUGUGAACUCGGAGAACGAGAUCGAGGCCGGCAGGGAUAAGGGGGCAUUCCUUGGCGGCAAGCACACUCUGAACGAAGACGAACUCGGCGGAGGAGUUAUACAGCCUGCGUUGCUCUGGAGAGUGAUGCGCUCGAGCCGCCGUAUAUUUCAUCCACUCUACGCUACACGGCCGGUAGUCGAAGAAGAUAUGGAACCUGAAGAUCUGGAGGGUGUGAAGGAGAAACAGGAGCUGUGGGAUGAGUCUCACAAGAAAGCCAAGGAAGAGCUUUCGUCCGCCGCACCAUUACUCAAGAUCUUCACGAACGUGCUAGCAAAGGACUGGCCACAAUCCGCGCCGCCGGCAGACCAGUACACUCCCACGUCGCUACCUUCGACAAACUUCUCCUCGUUCACCGGAAACAUAGCGAAUUCGUCGACGCGAACAAGUACCAAGCGGUCGCGAUCGUACGUUCCUGGCCCCAAUAAUUUACCCGAACCGAAGCGACUCAAGUCAUCUCCCGACGAUGUCUUUGGUCCAGUUCGCCGGGAUGAUGAUCAGGCGGGCGAGGAGUUGGAUCGCGGCGAGGAUGACGAUGUAGAGAAUGGCGACACAGCCUCGGAGGAGGCGAUCUUUUCACUGCAAGAGUUCUAG